AUGUCUUCUCCCAAGGACACAGAAUACUGCUUUUCAUCAGUAAAUGAUUCCUGUAUAAAAAGUACAAGAACAACACUCACUCAUACUGUCUUGUACAUUUGUGUGAUAAGCUGUAUGUUAACUAUUUUAUGUGGAAAUUUAGUAGUAAUCAUUUCAAUUUCACACUUCAAACAGCUCCACAGUCCUACAAAUGUUCUGGUAUGUUCUUUGGCAGUUGUUGAUUUCCUCGUUGGGUUCCUUAUUAUACCAUAUAGCAUGAUACGAUCUAUUGAGUCCUGCUGGUAUUUUGGAAGUGAAUUCUGCAAAGUCCAUACUAGUUUUGACCUGAUGCUUUGCACCUCUUCUGUAUUUCACCUUGGCUUUAUUGCUAUUGAUCGAUACUAUGCAGUGUGUGAUGCAUUACGCUACUUUGCAAAAAUGACCUUCUCUACAGUGAUACUGUUUGUAAUAAUAAGCUGGAUAUGUCCAGCACUUGUUUCAUUUGGGGUUGUUCUGUCACAGAUAGGUUUACUUGGAACUGAUGAUUACUUUGCUUCAAACAAUUGCACUGGUCUAUGUAUAAUGUUAUUUAACAAAAUAUGGGUUGUGUUUAAUUGCACUUUAUUAUUCAUUGUUCCAGCCAUGGUAAUGGUCUGCAUUUAUAUUAAAAUUUUUGUUGUAGCAAAGAGGCAUGCUAGAGCUGUUGUGAACCAGAAUGACAGAUCAGGUAAGAGCAAACUGCACAUCUCACGUAAUAAAGAAAGUAAAGCAGCUAAAACUCUAAGUAUAGUAAUGGGGACAUUUAUUAUUUGCUGGCUUCCAACUAUUGUUUUAAAUAUACGUGAUUCUUUUCUGAAUUAUUCUACACCAGCAGUUUUACUUGAUGUGUCUGCAUGGCUUGCAUAUUUCAAUUCUGGUUUUAAUCCUAUAAUUUAUGGUUUCUUUUAUCCCUGGUUCCGGAAAUCACUUAAUAUAAUCUUAAGUGGUAAAAUAUUUAGUCCAAACUCUUCUGCAAUAAGAUUGUUUAUUGAAAACAAAUAA